GCAGCGCAGCGCGGAGGCCAGCGAUGAGCGCAAGGAGUCGGCAUGAGCGCAGACAGCAGCCCUCUCGUGGGCAACCCGCCCGCCGGUUAUGGGACCCUGACGGUAGAGACAUCUAUCGAUCCCCUCAGCUCCUCAGUUUCAUCCGUGAGGCUCAGCGGCUACUGUGGCAGUCCUUGGAGGGUCAUAGGCUAUCACGCCGUGGUCUGGCUGCUGGCUGGGAUCCCUCUGCUGCUGUUCCGGUGGAAGCCAUUGUGGGGGGUGCGCCUCCGUCUCCAGCCAUGCAACCUGGCCCGCGCCGAAACACUCGUCAUCGAAAUAAAAGACAAAGAGGAUAGUUCGUGGCAGCUCUACACUGUCCAGGUACAGACAGAGGCCAUCAGCGAGGGCAGUCUGGACCUGCCCCCACUGGCCCAGCUGGAGGAUGGCCGGAGCCAGACAGCCGUGGGGACAGUACCAGAAUGGACCUGGAAGGACACUGCCCAGCUCCACAGCAAAGAGGAGGGGAAGCGUGUGCUGCGAUACUACCUCUUCCGGGGCCAGCGCUAUGUCUGGAUUGAGACACAGCAAGCCUUCUGCCAAGUCAGCCUGCUGGACCAUGGCCGCACCUGUGACGACAUCCACUGUUCCUGCUCCGGGCUCAGCCUCCAGGACCAAGCUGUGAGGAAGACCAUCUAUGGCCCCAAUGUGAUCAGCGUUCCGGUCAAAUCCUAUCUCCAGCUCCUGGUGGAUGAGGCACUGAACCCCUACUAUGGGUUCCAGGCCUUCAGCAUCGCGCUGUGGCUGGCCGACCACUACUACUGGUACGCCCUGUGCAUCUUCAUCAUCUCAGCCAUCUCCAUCUGCCUGUCGAUGUACAAGACCAGAAAGCAAAGCCAGACCCUGAGGGACAUGGUCAAGCUGUCUGUGCAGGUGCGCGUGUGCCGGCCGUGGGGAGAGGUGGACUGGGUGGACUCCAGCGAGCUGGUACCUGGAGACUGCCUGGUGCUGCCCCAGGAAGGGGGGCUCCUGCCCUGUGAUGCUGCCCUGGUAGCCGGCGAGUGUGUGAUCAACGAGAGCGCUCUCACGGGGGAGAGUGUGCCAGUGCUGAAGACAGCGCUGCCUGAGGGCCCAGUGCCCUAUUGCCCAGAGACCCACCGGCGGCACACGCUUUUCUGUGGGACCCUCAUCUUACAAGCCCGGGCCUACACAGGACCCCACGUCUUGGCAGUGGUGACACGGACAGGGUUCUGCACAGCUAAGGGGGGCCUGGUGAGCUCCAUCCUGCACCCCCGCCCCAUCAACUUCAAGUUCUACCGACAUAGCAUGAAGUUUGUGGCUGCCCUCUCAGUCCUGGCUCUGCUUGGCACCAUCUACAGCAUCGUCAUCCUCUACCGCAACCGAGUGCCGCUGAACGAGAUUGUGAUCCGGGCUCUGGACCUGGUGACGGUGGUGGUGCCGCCCGCCCUGCCAGCCGCCAUGACUGUGUGCACGCUGUACGCACAGAGCCGCCUGCGGAAGCAAGGCAUCUUCUGCAUCCACCCAAUGCGAAUCAACCUGGCGGGAAAGCUUCGGCUAGUGUGUUUUGACAAGACGGGCACCCUGACUGAGGACAGCCUGGACGUGAUGGGUGUGGUGCCUCUGAAGGAGCAGACUUUCCUGCCACUGUUCCCACAACCCCGCCAUCUGCCCAUGGGGCCCCUGCUGCGAGCACUGGCCACCUGCCACACUCUCAGCCGGCUCCACAACACCUCAGUGGGUGACCCCAUGGACCUCAAGAUGGUGGAAUCUACUGGCUGGGUCCUGGAGGAGUCUCCAGCUGCAGACCCAGCAUGUGGGGCCCAGGUCUUGGCAGUGAUGAGACCCCCGCUCAGGGAGCCCCAGCUGCAGGGAGUGGAGGGGCGCCCGGUGCCUGUCAGCAUCCUCUGCCGCUUCCCCUUCUCUUCCGCCCUGCAACGCAUGGAUGUGGUGGUGGCAUGGCCAGGAGCCACACAGCCCGAGGCCUAUGUCAAGGGCUCCCCGGAGCUGGUGGCAGGCCUCUGCAGACCUGAGACAGUGCCCACCAACUUCGCCCAGGUGCUGCAGAGUUACACAGCUGCGGGCUACCGCGUUGUGGCCCUCGCCAGCAGGCUACUGCCCAUUGCACCCAACCUGGAAGCAGCUCAGCAGCUGACGAGGGACACCGUGGAGCAGGACUUGAGCCUCCUGGGGCUGCUGGUCAUGAGGAACGUGUUGAAGCCACAGACGCUGCCGGUUAUCCAGACUCUACGGAGGACCUGUAUCCGCACCAUCAUGGUCACAGGGGACAACCUGCAGACCGCAGUCACUGUAGCCCGGGGCUGUGGCAUGGUGGGUCCCCAGGAGCGGCUUAUCAUCGUCCAUGCCAUGCCCCCUGAGCAGGGCCAGCCUGCCUCCCUCGAGUUCAUGCCAGUGGAGGUACCUGCAGCUGUGAAUGGGGCUAAGGACACUGGCCAGGCAGAGAGCUCUACCAUGGAGUCGGACCCCCACUCCAGUCACCUGGCCCUCAGCGGGACCACCUUCAGCAUCCUGGUGAAGCACUUCCCCAAGCUGCUGCCCAAGGUCCUGGUCCAGGGCACCGUCUUUGCCCGCAUGGCGCCCGAGCAGAAGACUGAGCUGGUGUGUGAGCUGCAGAAGCUUCAGUACUGCGUGGGCAUGUGCGGGGAUGGCGCCAACGACUGUGGGGCUCUGAAGGCAGCCGACGUGGGCAUCUCGCUCUCCCAGGCCGAGGCCUCUGUGGUCUCGCCCUUCACCUCAAGCAUGGCCAGCAUUGAGUGUGUGCCCAUGGUCAUCAGGGAAGGCCGGUGCUCCCUGGACACGUCGUUCAGCGUCUUCAAGUACAUGGCACUGUACAGCCUGACCCAGUUCAUCUCUGUCCUGAUCCUCUACACGAUCAACACCAAUCUGGGUGACGUGCAGUUCCUGGCCAUUGACCUGGCCAUCACCACCACGGUGGCGGUGCUCAUGAGUCGCACUGGGCCAGCGCUGGUGCUGGGGCGGGCGCGACCACCGGGAGCGCUCCUCAGCCUGCCCGUGCUUGGCAGCCUGCUGCUGCAGGUGGCCAUGGUGGCCGGUGUGCAGCUGGGGGGCUACUUCCUGGCUGUGUCCCAGCCCUGGUUCGUGCCUCUGAACAAGACAGUACCUGCCCCAGACAACCUGCCCAACUAUGAGAACACCGUGGUCUUCUCUCUGUCCAGCUUCCAAUACCUCAUCCUGGCCGCGGCCGUGUCCAAGGGGGCACCCUUCCGCCAGCCGCUCUACACCAACGUGCCCUUCCUGGUGGCCCUGGCGUUCCUGGGCUGCAUCCUGGCUGGCCUCAUCCUGGUCCCCGGCCUCCUGCAGGGGCCGCUGGCGCUGAGGAACAUCGCCGACACAUGCUUCAAACUGCUGCUGCUGGGUCUGGUGGCCUUCAACUUCGUGGGGGCCUUCAUGCUGGAGAGCGUGCUGGACCAGUGCCUCCCAGGCUGCCUGCGGCAGCUCCAGCCCAAACGAGCCUCCAAGAAGUACUUCAAGCAGCUGGAGCAUGAACUUGCUGAACAGCCCUGGCCGCUCCUGCCCUCCGGCCCUGUGAGGUAGUGCAGGCCUCCUCCAACUCCCUGGACACUGGAUCUCCCUGCCUCUGAGCCAAC